CAUUUUCCCGGGACCCGGGCCAAGCAGUCGAAUCGGAGUCCCUCCAAACCCAUGGUCUCCUCGCACCUUCCCCGUCGCUUUGUUUUUCUUGUCGCCUGCAACAUCCUCUUUCAAGAUUCGUCGAAGUGCACUUUUUUUUAAACUUACGAUUCGCAGCUUUCGUGGCGUCUAAAGUCCUUCGCUGUCGACCGGCUAGUCAUUGCAGAAGACAGACAUCGUUGCAGAAGGCGUUUGUGCGCUCACGAGAAAAAGGCUUACCGGAGCGAAGUCCUCGCCUGUUUCAUGGUGCUCCCGCGGUUUUUGUGAGAAUGCUCGUCGAAUGACGUCCGUUACGCCUCGAUAAAGUGUAUUUAGGUGACUUUGUGUGGUUCUGUGUACCCGGAUAUUUGAAGGAGACGACGUAGGGAGACGCUACUUUGAUGUGGAACCUAUAGGACAUCAAUAGACAGAGGAAUCAUUUCAAGGCACCGUGCAACGGUUGUGCUGAACGUUGCAUUUAAUAGAUGCUGGAGAAUACUGCCGUUCCUUCAGAGGAGAUAUCAUUUUGUUCUUUCGAUGACACCGUAGACUCAAGGGAAAUAUUUCAAAGUCACCGCUCAACUUGUGCAGUGGACUCAGAAGACGUCUAGUGGCACGUCGUAAUGCACCACAUUGCCUCAAAGCAACAGUGACCUCUUGUAAGUAGUGAACUCUGCGGAUUUCUCACUGCCAUUGGUAACCUGAAUCGCACUUUUUCUGGAUUGAAAACCUCCAAAGUGUGUCCUGGACAUUUUCCAAGUACAGUGUCCGUUUGAAGGCGAAGGCUACUGUCGUUGCCAAAAUUCUUCUGAACAACAGCCAUCGUGAUCCAAAACUGUACAGGCAAGAAGCCCAUUACCGCAGAACACGACACUCAACAGCGGUCUUCAUAUUAACUGGCCAUGUGGUUCUUACUGACAUUAGUGACGAUAGUGGCAUAUUGUUUUUACCGGUGGUUCGAAAAUAGGUGCGACGGUAACUGCAGCUUGCCGCCUGGACCGCAAGGGUUACCGGUGCUAGGGUACUGGCUGGGGGACCGACCUCUUGAAACUCUUCAGCGGCUCGCUAAGGAUUUUGGACCUAUUUGUCGGUUUAGAGUGUUGGGUAAAGACUACAUCCACUUGGGCUCUUGUUCAGCAAUAAGAGAAGCCUAUCUGAAAACCGGAGACGCCUUCGUCGGGAGACCGCAUCGUGAAUCUGCGGUCACGUGGAUUUUGGAUGGACGUGGCAUUUCUCAAGGCGAGGGAGCAGAAUGGAUAGAACACCGUCGCUUCGUUCUGCACACAUUGCGGGAUUUCAACUUUGGCCACUUGGACGUCUCCGAAAUUGUGCAGGAGGUGGCUGAUCAGUUAGCAGGAAGCGUGGCCGAAAGAACCCUCAGGCCCAUGGAUCCUUUGCCUCUCCUCACCACUUCCACCCUGUCCGUGCUUGCUGGACUGCUGUUCGACAGGGCACAGAUGCCUGAAGGGGACGAGGAGUUCGACACUCUCCUGGAACUCAUCACUGCCGCGUCCGAGUACGCCUUCGACUACCUGCCCCAGUUAUGGAAGGGGAUCGUCCCGUUGAAGAUGCGUCGAAAUUUCUCCGAGAUUCGACGCAUUAAGCAAGAGCUCCAUGAUCUACUGAACCAGGUGAUAAAAGAACACGAACAAUCAUUCAAUGACUCCAUGUUGCGUGAUUAUCUGGAUGUCUACCUGAACGAAAGGCGAAGAGCGGAGCGAGAGGGCACCCUCGCAAGCAGCUCUUUCACCAUGCAUCACUUCAGAACGAUAUGUUUGGACCUCCUUUUAAGCGGCACUGCCAGUACGGCUACUUGGCUCCAUUGGGCAUUGCGCAUCAUGGCCGAACACCCGAAAGUACAGCAACGGAUUCAAGAGGAAAUGGAUUCGCUCCUCUGCGCGGACGACAAAUUCGACUCCGUCGUCAUGCGAGACAACUUGCCGUACACGGAAGCGACCAUAUUGGAAAUCCAUCGCUUCGCCAGUGUGUACUCUGUGGCCAUGCUGCGUACUAACCCUGAAGCGACAACGUUGUGCGGAUUUGGGAUCCCCGCUAAAUCCGUUAUCAUAGCGAACCUGAGACUGGCACACCAAGAUCCCGAGUACUGGGACAAUCCCGGAGUGUUUGACCCAACACGAUUUUUGGGCGAAGAUGGCAGGCCGGAGAAGCGAGACGGUUUUCUUCCGUUCUCCCUGGGAAAACGCAUGUGUCUAGGAGAAGCCCUGACCAAGUCUGUUAGUUUCAUCUUCCUUACGACGCUGCUAAAAAAAUUCUCAUUCGAACUCUGUUCUACCGAUGAAACAAAUAGUGAGGAAGCAGAAACGGUACUUCGUUCGCCUGGUAACUACAAGCUCUUCGUGACACCUCGUGUGCAGACGACAACCUUAUAAAUUCCUAUCCUUAUUUUACGUGCAAAUUUAGCCCGAAAGAAUGAUUUUUGAAACCAGCGCCACUCUUUGUUUGCCACCGCUGUGUUUUGUGGCGCCAUCUAUACAGCUUGCGUGUAAAUAUUAAUGUGCAUACUUUCCGCGCCUCGUCGCCACCGUCGAGCACACCUGUAGGCCAAAUUCAAGGCGCGCUUUUACCUCGGUGUGCUUGCUGGCAAGUUUUGGUCGUCGUCUGUCGACGGACUUGUUUGUGAAAAUUUACAUGUGUGGAUGUUUACGUGCUCAGACCGAUCUACGUAUGUGUGUGGCCUGAGUGAUUCUAUUUUUGCGCGACGCUGUCACCUCGGAUUUGCAUACCACCGCUGAUGACAAAAACCUGGCUACCCGUUUUUGUGCGUUGCAACUUUGCCACUCGUGAACUGGUAGUCUGAGGAGAUCCUUGCAACUAGGCCUAAACGAAGUUGACCGGUGGGUACGGUUUUUAUGCUUGCAGGUAUUAGUUCGGUUUGCUCGGCAUUAAUUACCGCCGCACAGACAGGUUGUGAUAUCUGCAAAAGCUUGCAGCCUUGCUGUCGUAGCGUCAUGGCAUCCAAAACCACCUUUCGGACAGGCUGUAAUUUGGAAAGUGCGUUUAAAAUCGAUGGCCUUGAAAAAUCUUGUAGUGACUUAGGUUCGAUGUGUUUGUAUGCGACAGGAGCUAAGUAAAGUGCACUCCAGUGCAGUCUCUCAAGAGCGCACUUUUCUUCAGAGUGAUGCUGUUUGCUUCUGAGUCUCGAACGGCCUACAUGAGCCGAGUCCGUUGAUGCUUAGUUUGAGAACGAGUUCGCAAGGCUUUUGCGAACAACUGCAGAAUUUGUGAAUGUUUGUAUUAAAUUUGAUCAUUACCUAAUUUACCCCUUUAUGAUUUUUCUUUUAGACGGGGAAAGUGUAUGAUGAGCUCUUGUUACCUUAGUGGAGGGAUAAGCAGUGCGAUUAGAGUUGCCUUAUUACGAAAUGUCGUGGACAGUGCUAGCACGCUCUUAUCAGUUUAUGUACAAUGGAGAUACCAGUUGGCAUUUUCUUGAUUUGUCUCUGUACGUGUUUGUCCUCUGAAAUUUCUCCUUGGGUGAAAUCUGAUAAGAACAUUCCGCGUGACACAGGCGGUAUGCCAGUGUCGACUUCUCCGCGUGCCGUCUCGUCGUAUACUUCUCUUUUUCUUUCUUUUUUUUUAACGGUAGACAAAUGGUCUUCACCUAAUGUUAUUCAAAGCAGAAGAAAUAUUGCAAACAUUAAGUGUCCUUCAAAAGUUUCGUACCGGGUAGCCUUGGGAGGGGGCGGGGCAGGUAACUGACAUUCGAGUUGCCAUUUAGAUGUCGCUGAGAUACUGCGAGAAAUAAAUUGCACGUGAUUCCUGACCACGUUGUGUAUAAAAUGCACAAUCCCCUGGAACUUAGUUACACCGAUCAGUAGGUCUGCACGCGUGGCAUGCUUUCUGUAACGUGUCGGAGAGUUCUGUUUCCUGUUUUGGGGCAGUCUUCUUGAGUGAUGUUUUUUUCAUAAAUAAAAUGGGGAGUUUUUCUCA